AUGGCAAAAGAACUGAUGGAAAAGAUGGAAGAACAAGAUGCUUGCCAUGAUUUUCAAUUAGAAUUUCUUAUUGGCAAAGAGGCAGUAAAAAUAUUUAAAGAAGAAUCCGAAUUACCUUCUGACCAUCCUUACCCAGAAUCAGAAUUUAUUGCUGUAGGAACGAUGGAAAAUGAUAGAUUAGCUGAAAAACUCAACGAUCCCGAAGAAUAUGCCAAAAUCUGA